AUGGAUAUCCUAAGCAAAAUCAGUAAAGUGAGACUUCUACAAUACACUGGCUUAAAAACUGUGGGUGCUAAGCAAAUCCGAACUAAAUCAACGCAGCCACUCGAAUUAUCGUACAGAAUUCACGGUCCUAGUCCCAGACCCGGGAGCGUACCGAUUUUCGUGCUUCAUGAUUGCCUUGCUAGCAAAAAGAAUUGGGAAACUUUUUGUCAUAAGAUCACCGUUCCUACGAACAUGACGGUGAUCGCUGCGGACGCUCGAAACCAUGGCGACAGUCCACAUCACAGCUCCCAUGGAUACUAUGACCAAGCUGCAGAUGUUUCUCAUUUAUUAGCUAAGUUUUCUGUAGAAAAAGGUAUUUUUAUUGGCCACGGCAUGGGAGGCAGAACGGCCAUGGUAUUGGCUCUGACUGAGCCAACUAAAGUAGCGAGUAUGAUCGUAGUAGACAUAUCGCCUGUAUCAACUUCAUGCGGUCUAGCAGACUUCUAUCCUAAGACUAUCGAUGCUCUCUCGACUAUGGACUUCAAAGGAAUGAAUAUAAAUACAGCUGAACAGACUGCUAGAAAUAAAAUGAUUGAAAAUAAUUUAUUCCAAACUGAAAAAGAAUUGGACUACAUGCUAAUGAAUGUUGGCAAAUUGAAAAAUAGAACAUAUGGCUGGAAAUACAAUCUCGGUGCUUUGAGGAAAAAUGUGGAUAAUAUAGUAUCUUUUCCAAAAUUGAAUAAAAAGCAGUAUCCUGGCCCUGUGCUGUUCCUGGGAGGCAAGCUAUCAUUCGCAAUCCCAUUCGAGGACAUGCCUGGGAUCUUAAAAAUAUUUCCUAGAGCACAAAUACUGUACAUCGAUGGGGCUGGACACAACGCGCAUGUGGAUCAACCACAAACCUUCUAUGAUACUGUCAUGCAGUUCUUACAUUAUAACUCAUUGAUGCAAACUGCAUAACCAGACUGUUCACUAUGUCUGUUAUUAUCGUGGAUGUAAAGUAUCUAUAUCAUUAAAAAAAGUCUUAAAACUUCAAAU